AUUUCAAAUGCUAGUAUUUCAUAUUUUAAAGUUUUGCCUUUAAAAUAGUAGAAGGGCAUGUUUGAUAAAACGUUAUAGUAAAGGGGCAUAUUAUUAUACCUAUAACCCAUAUUUGAAAUACACCUAUAAACGCAAUAAAUUUCACCAGUUUCAUUUUUAUUAUUGAAGUUGAACCCAUUGACCAAACAAAAAACGUCAAAAUCGCAUGCCAUCCUCGAGAUGCAUGCGCUCUGCAAGUGUGCCUUCGUUUGCACUUCCCCAGCCCUAAGCCCCAAUCGGAAGGUGAAUUAUCAUUAUCUACUUUGUUUAUAGUUAUAGUAUCUAUUUUGUUUAUAGUUAUACCUUGGAUUAAACUAUGGGAGGGAAUUUUUAAACCUCACAGUCCAAAAAAAAAUGCUGGGAGCUCUCCAGUCUCUCCUCCGGUGGGGGAGAUCGUUUGGACACUUCCUGGUCUCCAUGAUCACUACUCUCUUCCUUCGAUGCCUUCGGAAUCAGGGCCUCUCUGGUAUAUGGGGGGCUGGUGAACAACGGAGAUCGUAUCCAAAAGGAAUAUGUGAAAAGGCGAAGGCUGAUCCACCGGGCAGACCGCCAUGUCAAGGGCGACGAAGAGGUGACCUUUACAGGUGCGACCUGUCGCCCGCAAGAAAAUACCGUCCAAAGGAUGGUUAUCGCAAGAGGAAGCUUGGGCUUGUCCUGGCAGAGAAUAUGAUUCUCGAAAAUAGGAAACGAAAACGGCUAUCGAAGAUAGCAGUUUGGAGAUUCGUCAUCCCGUCCAUGGAGGAUUGGGAGCAGGUGUCACUGGACCAACCGGCGGAUUUGUUGAAGACGAGAAAUUCCGAAACCGGGGAAUUCCCUGGACCAGUCACUGUCUCCAAAGAUAUAAGGCCAAUACAGGCCAUGUUUACAUCUAAUAUAAACCGAUCGAUUUCUGACCCAAACUGUGGGGAUAUGAAGUCUGAGGAGUAUGCCCUGCAAUCGCCGAUCAGUGCUGCCGGUGAGUAUCCGAUCAGCGCCGCUGGUGAGCAUGUCUGGUCCUCGGCUCAGGCCCGAGAUGGCUCCCUGAUUCGGCGGAUAACGGUUGGGGAUACUGUGGAGGAAAAUCCUCUCCCCAAAGUCGUUGAGAAAUCUGUUGAGAUAUUCCAACAAUUAGUUAAAACAACCUUCGGGUUAAAAAAGAGUCCCUCUUGGAGACAAACACAAUUCCCUAAUACAUGCGAGAGUAUGCAAAUCCCUGGGGGAAGAUUUGACUUCCAUUAUAAAAGACUCCUGCUUUGGCCGACUGUUCUCACAUCUUGCCCGAGAAACCGACCAUUGACGAGUAAAGUGGCUGAUCAUUCUUCUCCUAGGCGCGCCCUCAACUCAGGUAUGGACCUGUUUCCUUUCCAGGGCAUGUGUACUUGGCCUUGUGAUCUUGCUAAACAACAGAGAAUAAGACCCCCCGCUGUUCCUGGUUCCCUAUCUUGCGAGCGGGGUUGUCCUUCCUCGAAAGGCUCGUAUGAGCCUGAGGUGCGUAAGUAUUUGCUGGAGGAGCUUACAAUGACAUCUGCUCCCCCUUCUUUGCAGGUUACCACCAUGGCUCACUUCUCGAAUGAUCAAGUUGUACAAUUCUCAAUGGAGGAGGUGCAAUCGACAAGAUACCGAGCUGCACACUCGCUCCUUGGCAGAGUCUUCACGGAGAACAGGAUCUCUACCACCGAACUCAGGGAAUCGGUGAUCGCUCCGUGGUUGAUUCAGGGGCGCAUCCGCGUGGUCCAGGCAAAGCAUGGCCUCAUUGAAUUCAUGUUACCUAAUGAGGAGGCUAGGAAUUGGAUCCUCAAACGGUCUCCAUGGGUGAUCAAUGACAGAAUCAUUCACCUUCGGGCAUGGACACCGAUCAUCACGAAGCAGAUUUAUGAUGAUCUCGCGAUUGCUCCGUUUCGGAUCCAGCUGUGGGAUGUCAGAGAAGACUGUUGCACUCAACAGUUUGGCCGAAAAAUGGUGCAAACCACGAUUGGGAGAGUCUUAGAGUCAGGAGUCUUUACCUGCCAAGACUCGGGCAGCUGGUUCGUAAAGGUAAAGGCGCUCGUUGAUUUCUCCAGACCUCUCCGAUCCCAGAUACUGGCGUCUAAUGAUGACACUGGCCGGUUCUGUGUUAGCCUCAAGUACGAACAUCUUCCAAGCUUUUGUUUCCACUGCGGCCGAGUGGGACAUUCAAGCCGAUCUUGUACGUUCGAUCCUCCAGCUCGGAUGGAAAACUAUGGACCCCAUAUGAUUACAAAAAAAUUGGGGACUCGGAUUUAUGAUGCUGAUGAUCAAGUCCAGCCGUUUGCUUGAGGGGGAAAAUCGGUCUGGGUCAAUCGUGACUAUCGGCAGCAAGGUCCCGGGAAAUCGGCAGCGGGAGUGCAGAGAGAGCAGGGAGGUAGAUACCCAACUCAGCCUAAUAGGCAACCGAAGCAGAUGGCGGCGGAAGAAUCCUCGGUGCAAACGGCGGGGCAACGCCGAUUAAGCCCUCGAGGGUUCAAUGUG